CAAAACCCUGUGGAAAUUGUAAAACCCUGAGAAAGUGAGAAGCAGAAAGGGCGAGACUCAAAGUUGAAAGCUUGAAUGGCGUGCCUCUUCUCCAUGACCUUCUCUAUGCCUCUCUCUGCUUCACACACCUUCACUAAUGGAGUGGCAAUGCGCAAAUCGGGUUUGAUUAGAGUUUCAAGCCGAAGAGUUUCAGGAACAGCCGCGAAGGCCUCCACCUCCUGCAAUACAAAUGGGGUCUUGUCAUCUUUAAAUCAAAGUUGUCAACAUCUUCUUACAAGGUCCUCGAAACCUCUCUAUGGAAUUUUGUAUUGUCAUGUGAAUGUAGACUCUUGUAGCCAAAAUAUCAUAUAUGGUUAUUGGGUAGGACCUGAUAUUGAUGAUGGUUGUGGUUAUGUGGAAGCUUUAGUUGAUCAAAUUACUUGAAAAAUCUUCCCUU